GUCAAACGACACGACGUCGCUUUAUCUUUUGCGAACCCUUGAACUAAUUCAAAUUAACCUCAAAAGUCAAAACCAGCAUUUUCCACAGGGUCACACACACACGCCCAUUAACCAUUGCCACCAAACUCUUUCUCUCUUCAAUCUCCCACAGCCUCACCGUCCGGAAGCUAAAUCGGCGAAAUGUCGUCGAGCCAGCAGGUCAAGGCGUCGCACAUACUGAUUAAGCACGAAGGAUCCCGCCGGAAAUCCUCCUGGAAGGACCCCGAUGGCCGCCGCAUCUCCGCCACCACCAGGGACAGUGCCGUCGUCCAGCUCAAAACGCUCCGCGAUGACAUCCUCUCCGGAAAGGCGAGGUUCGACGACGUAGCUUCUCGAUUCUCCGACUGCAGCUCGGCCAAGCGCGGCGGCGAUCUCGGUCCUUUUGGCCGUGGUCAGAUGCAGAAACCAUUUGAAGAAGCCGCGUUCGGUUUGAAGGUUGGGGAAAUCAGUGACAUUGUCGACACUGAUAGCGGUGUUCACAUUAUCAUGAGAACAGGUUAAUGUAUGCUCGGGCAAGAACUGCUUGCAAAUAUUCCUGGUGAUUAAAAACUCCCAAGAAAUGCCAAAAUUAAGCAAUUAUGAUGCUCCAUAUCCUUUUCUUUUCCCUUUUUUCACCCAUCUUCCUACGAUACCUGCCAUAGUUAUAUUUGAAAUUCAUCGAUGUGGGAAAUUGUACGUCUCUUCAUGGGCUCGGUUUAUGAAUAAAUUCUCUCUUUUCGAAAGAGCGAACCGAACUGCCGGCUUUGAGAUUCAUAUUAACUCUUUCAAGAUAUGGAUUUGAUGUACUUUACUAUUUUGACGAGUUUUUGUUAUUUUCGUGUCCAUUUGAAACUCUUGUUGUGAAAUGGAUGGCAUAGUAUCAGCAAAUAUCCAAAGGUAGAGAUAUAUCUUAUCAUUCAACUUUUAUGAUGCUUGGAUUAGAUUCAUUUGGGGAAUAUGGGCCCUCAUAUGAUGCUCAUGCUUGGUUUAGAUUCUAACUUUUAAAAGGGUGUGAGAUAUUCCCUGUAAUUGUUGGUCCAUAUGUUUGUUACCCAGUUGUUUGGUUCAUAUGCACCGGGACCACUCUAUCACACACGCUAGGUGUAUCGUGCUUUCUGGAAUGUGAAUAGAUCCAUUAUUCCCAC